AUGCCCGUCAUUCCUGAGUCAUCGGACUUCCCAUCUGCACCCCAAAAGGGAGGCAGCGAGGACAAGAAGCAAGGAGAACAACAGAAGGCAUCUGCCACAGACUUUUUGUCCAAGGGACCUCAGAUUCCAGACAACAUGCCUUCCAAGGCUUCGAAGGAGGAACUCGAGGCACGCAUGAAGGAGCUGAACAAACCGUCCAACUAA